AUGUCGACUAUUGUGAGGACGUUGCGCAACCUUCGCCGCGUUGGCUUCAAGGAUGCCGCCCACCAGAUGCAGAACAUCGGUGAUACCAAAGCCGGAACUCUGAUCGGAACCGAUCGCUUCGGAAACAAGUACUUCGAGAACAUGGAGGAAUUGCCUCUCCGAACACGUUGGGUUGACUACAAGGAGGCCGAAUUCGACGCAUCCCACAUUGAGCCCGGCUGGCACGCCUGGAUCUCCUACGUCGUUGAUGCUCCUCCCCUCACCGACAAGAUCUUGCAGACCAAGCUCCGCGCCUGGGAACUGCCCGAGCACCGCCCUAACCCGACUUUCAGCCGUGCUGCAUUCAAGACUUACUCGACCACCCGGCCCAAGAUCACUGCCUGGACCCCCACCGCUGCUCCGCGGUAG